AACUGGAUCGCUCACUUUAGCGCCAGUUUCCGCUCGGCAUCACCUCGCUUCUCGUUUCACUUGCUUUACCCCUCCGUCCUUACCUUCGUUGCCUCUCUCGUCUCUGUUCUGCUUCAAUGUUUUCCCAGUCCCACCUUCUUUGUCUGAACCCUACAUUUUCAUUCUCUUCUUCUUUUUCUUCAAAUCGCACCUCCUUUCCUUCUGUUCGACUCGGAUUUCCUUCCACCAGAGUAAUGGCCUCCGGCUCCAAGGUCAGCAACGGCGGCCACUCCUCCCCCUUUGCGAUAAAUGAGUCCGAUAUCAAUCGAUUGGCUGAGGUUGGUAACAAGGUCGCUGAUGCCGCCGGUCAAGUUAUUCGGAAGUAUUUCAGACAGAAAUUCGAUAUUAUUGAUAAAGAUGAUUCCAGUAAGUUGUCCCGUGACAAUCGCUGAUAAAUCUGCUGAGGAGGCUAUGGUUUCCAUCAUUCUUGAGCAUUUUCCUUCUCAUGCAAUUUAUGGGGAGGAAAAAGGGUGGAGGUGUAAAGAAAGUAGUGCAGACUAUGUUUGGGUUUUGGAUCCUAUUGAUGGGACAAAAAGUUUUAUCACCGGGAAACCCUUAUUUGGUACCCUCAUUGCCCUUCUACUAAAUGGUAAACCUAUCCUUGGCAUAAUUGAUCAGCCUGUAUUAAGAGAAAGAUGGAUUGGGAUAUCUGGAAAGAAAACUAGGCUGAAUGGACAGGAAGUCUCCUCACGCAGUUGCACAAAUCUUUCUCAUGCGUACUUGUACACCACAAGUCCACAUCUAUUCAGUGGAGAUGCAGAAGACGCAUUUGUCCGCGUUAGAAACAAGGUUAAAGUUCCAUUAUAUGGUUGCGACUGCUAUGCAUAUGCACUUCUGGCUUCUGGCUUUGUAGAUCUCGUUGUUGAGUCUGGUCUGAAGCCCUAUGAUUUUCUUGCUUUGAUCCCCGUUAUAGAAGGCGCUGGGGGUGUCAUAACUGACUGGAAAGGCGAUGAACUCUAUUGGGAAGCUUCUCCAACUUCACCUGCAAGAAGUUUUAAUGUUCUGGCAGCUGGAGACAAACAGAUUCAUCGACAAGCUCUAGAUUCAUUACAGCGGAGUUGACAUCAUCUGAUGCCGUUCAAAUACCAGAGACCGCGGAUUGAAUUUGAAUGAGACUAUGAUAUUGGACCUCUCAAGGGAAGAUCAUCCGGAAGAACUAGCGUCCGUUCCUAGAUGUUAUAGGUGUGCAUGGCGGAACAAUUGAUCGGUAUUUAUUUAAUAAACUGAAGAAAUAUUCAUGCAGUUUAGCUGUAGUUUUGUUUCUGCCCAGCUAGGAACAAGUUAACUAUCAACAAUAAUGAACAAAAGAACAAGGAACUUCUUCCUUUACUUGAAAUUAAAAGAGAAUGUAAAUAUCAUG